GCGGCGGGCGCGGCCAUGCUGCAGCUGCGGGACUCGGUGGACUCGGCCGGCACGAGCCCCACGGCGCUGCUGGCGGCCGGCGAGGAGGUCGGGGCGGGCGGCGCGGGCGGGGGGCGGCCGGGGGCGGGCACUCCCCUGCGCCAGACGCUGUGGCCGCUCAGCAUCCACGACCCCACGCGCCGCGCCCGCGUCAAGGAGUACUUCGUCUUCCGGCCCGGCACCAUCGAGCAGGCGGUGGAGGAGAUCGGCGUGGUGGUGCGGCCGGUGGAGGACGGCGACAUUCAGGGCGUGUGGCUGCUGACCGAGGUUGACCACUGGAACAACGAGAAGGAGCGGCUGGUGCUCAUCACAGACCAGGCACUGCUCAUCUGCAAGUACGACUUCAUCAGCCUUCAGUGCCAGCAGGUGGUCAGGGUCGCCUUAAACGCGGUGGACACCAUCUCCUGCGGAGAGUUCCAGUUUCCCCCCAAAUCGCUCAACAAGCGAGAAGGUUUUGGGAUCCGCAUUCAGUGGGACAAACAGAGCCGCCCUUCCUUCAUAAACAGAUGGAACCCCUGGUCCACCAACAUGCCCUAUGCCACGUUCAUAGAGCACCCCAUGGCCGGUGCGGAUGAGAAGACAGCGUCUCUGUGCCAACUGGAAAGUUUCAAAGCUCUGCUAAUCCAAGCUGUCAAGAAAGCCCAGAAAGAGAAUCCUUUGCCAGGACAAGCCAGUGGCGUGCUGGUCUUGGAUCGUCCCCUCCUCAUCGAGACCUACGUGGGACUCAUGUCCUUCAUUAACAACGAGGCUAAACUGGGCUAUUCCAUGACCAGAGGCAAAAUAGGCUUCUAGAUGGCGCCCACAGGUAGACUUGGGGACGCGGGGCCUCAGACCCGGGCCAGCUCCGCUGCACCGGCAGAGUCGGGGCUGUUAACCUCUAGGGAUCUGAGUGUGAUUAGAAUAGUCGAACGCAUUCCCUGCUAUCCCUGGGUUUUGGAAGUCUGGUAAUAGGAGUCACAGACAAAAAAGCAAGGUGAAUCCAGCGGUCCCGCUCGUGGCUUCUAGAACUUGUUUCCGUGUUUCUCCCAGAGUGUCUCCAUUCGGCUUCUCGUGGUCCUGCCCAGCCCUCCAGCAUGUGAAUAAACAUGUGCCCCCACCAGAGCCUCCCCGCUAGCACUCCACCCGUGUGGAUGGUUCCAUCCAGGGAGGGCCCCAAACCCCAGUGCCUGGAGUGGCAAAUAAGUUUAUACUUAGUGUCAAGUUUUGUAUUUGGAAAUCUAAUCCAUUUUUUUAAAGCUAAGUGCAAAACAAGCCAGCAGACUGGUGAAGUAAACGGGACAGUCUGCCUUGUUGGCUCCCGGAUGGACAGUUGCUUUUGUGCAAAUACGUCUUUGACCUGAAGUCACACUUUUUCUGAAGUUAUAUCGUGUUCGUAUUUGUGGCAUCUUUCCCAGGCCCCAAAGCUGGCAGGAAAUCAUUUUUAGACAAUUGGUUAAUUUGAGUCACCUUGGUAGGUAGUUCUUUGACAGCUCUACGUGCUUGACGUUUGUACGGUCAUGUUCGUAUUUAAGAUGGGGACUGCUCAGUUUGCUUUCGGAGAAUGCCCUUUUGAAAAAGGAACCGUAUUAUUAGAGUCUCAUGAAGCCGCUAACGCCCGGCUUGGUUACCGCAGUGCCCACGCAAAUGCGAGGCUUUAUUGGUGUUGCCCUGAACGUGCCUGGGGCUUGGCGGCCCGCCGAGCACGUCCGUGUGGGAACCGUGGCCCCCCGCCCGUGGCACCCACACAUCGUCGGCUUGCUGGCUUGACUGGAAGCUUUGUUAUCAACCCCAAGCGCUGGUGCAGGGCGUCCUCCCCAUUUACAGCUCUGGUGUAGCUCUUAACCCGCGUGGAUGUGAUCCAGAUCAUAGCCUGUCCACAUCGAGAGGCCGCCGCCUCCAUCCUGCCUGGGUCCUGAGCCUUUGCUUUUGGUCUCACAGUAAAGACGUUUACAACCGAA